AACAUUACAGGUGGCGCUUCUUACUUUCUGUUUCGCACUGGUUUUCCAUCUGCCUACAAAUAAUCAGGAAAUUCCGCAUUCGCCAGCCAACUACACAGUAACUGAGUGAGAUUUUGGUCAAGGUUCUACUGCCCUCUCAAACAACCGUUUAACAAGGCUUAUUAGUUAUGGAGAAAGGGGACAAGGACACGUUUCUGAAGAUUCUUCCCGAGUUUUGCCGGGCAGUCGAUCCCAAGACGCUUGUUAAUGAUUUACAAUGUCUGUCUGAAUCAACAAAAGAAGAAGUAGUGAACUCGCAGAUUGCUCCAUAUCACGGUUCAAGUUCUCUAGCCGCUCAGAAGCUCCACAGUGCUUUGAUUCGGAGGCCACAUGGAUUUAAAGAGAUCGUGUUAGCCUUAAGGAAAAACAACAAUGGCUCCCUCGCGGACAAACUAGACCCCCUUCAUGUCUAUAUGGAUGUUGAUGAAGCCACUUCAUCUAAGUCUGCAACUAGUCCUCCUGCUGUUAUGCCAGCUAGUGCCACCGGCGACAUAGGCCCGACCCCCAAUACCCGGCCCUCCAUCACCCUGGAAACAUUGUGGAAUCAACUACCGGUACGGGUCACUAACUCGUUAAAGAAGAUGGACAGAAACACACACACGGUCGAAGAUCUUGCUGAACACUUCGAUCUCACUAAUGAAGAAUAUGAGGAACUUAAAUCUAAAGCAGAUGGAAGCAGCAUUACUUUGGAUAUCCUUAAGUUAAAGCAUUCCCAGGCUCCCGAGUUUAAGCUCCGUACCAUAUACCAGGCACUUCAGGCAAUACAAAGAUUGGACAUUGUGUCUGAAAUAGAACAAAAGACUGGCGUACAGUCCCCCUUUCAUAUCGUUGAACAGCAAGCUGGUAAUGAUAAUGGCCAAAAUACUGCUCCAACUGGCAGUACUGUACAAGUCACAAAUCACAGUAAUGACGGUAGAACAAUUUAUAGAAGGGAAGAAACCACGCGACCAGGGCAUGAAUAUGCAAGAAAUGAAGUUCUUAAUCGGAAUGAUGUUGAAAGGAAAAUGUAUGUUGGGGAACAAAAACUGCCAUCUACAUACGAAGCGGUACCAACUAAUGACAUGGAAACUGCGGAAAAUGUAAAUGCAAAGUCCCCUUAUUCAGCAGGUAGGACAACAGAACCAAACAUUGGAUCGCCGGGCUUUGAUGGAGGACCGAAGCUGUCGUUAUCUGAGCAGUUUCAGCAAUCAAAUUCGGUAUCUAACGGUCAAUCAACAAACAUCUUACCCAAACCGACUUGGUCGAUGUCUCAAAGACCUAAAUUGACAAAUUCUGACCGUUCAGAAACUGCAUCGGGGAGGUCUACGACUAAAAAGACUUCAAUUCAUGACUCUAACCAUGAAGCUGAAAAUGAUCUGAAUAUUGACAGUACUAUAUGUAAUAAUAUUGUUGCCGAAGACUCCGAUUCUGAUAAUAAUAUUAAGGAAAUCAAUAAUGAAACAAAUGAUGGCAUGAAAGGUACGGAAAAAACGAAGUUAAAACCAGGUGUCACUGAGCAGAAUGACAAAGAGCUCAAACCAAGUGAAUAUAGAUUCAAUCCAAAAAUGGCCCCGUUUGAGAGUAUUGAUAAAGUUAAUCAACAAAUCGAGGAAACAGCCAAUAGAGAUAAUGAAGAACAGAGAAUGUUAAUGUUGAAAGACAACAACAGCACUGAAAUGAGACAAUCUCUGACAGCCUCGUUUGAUAGCGGAACAAGUUUAGCUGCACCCAAUUUAUCAUGUGAAACACCUUCGAACCAAAAAGAAGAGUGGUGCGAAUCUAAGCGUUUGUACGAAAAAGAAAUUUCUGCCGUUAUGGAAAAUAUCCAGAUUGUUCAGACAAGGGUUAGUCACCCAAAGUCACCUUCAGACGAACUUCGAAUGGAAAGAAUUCGGGUAUUUGAAGAAAAGAUAACAAACGACAAUAACAUUGAACAUAUGCAUUCUGAAAUAUUUCCAUCAACAUCUACAACUGGAAUUGGCCCAGGUUCUUUAUCGUCCGUCAAAAAGGAAGAUGUCCAGAAAUUAAACAGUGAAACAUUCAGAAAAAAUGAAGUUAACGAAGCGGUGCCGAGUAACAAUAAUGCCAAAGAAAACACUAACACAAAAGCAGAGACUCGAAGAAAAUAUAGCUGUGAAAAUUACAUAGAUCAUUCCUUAGAGGACAAAUAUAUUCACGUCCCCAAACAUGUUCAGAGCGAUACGGAACUAAACAGUAUACGGGAGAAGGGAAAGAAUAAAGAUUUGCCUGGUUUUCGCGAAAGUCAAGAUCUGGACUCAGCUGAGUAUAAAGGUCAUGAUUCAGUAUUUACCAUCAGUAAAGAGUCUUUUAACAGUUAUGCUAGUGGUGCUGUGUCAUGGAUAUCAUACAUGCGGGAAAAAAUGUUGUAGAAAUAAGAUUAACACCACUUUUUCUUGAUAGUGUGCCUCACAUUUGUUGCUCAUUGUUGUCAAGUUGUCGCCAAAUCACCAACGCGCUAUAAUAAUACUCUUUAUAGUUUAAGAUAGAGAGAGCCGAUUCAUAUUCAUCUUUAGUGCUCAAAAUUAUAUUUUGUCCAAUGGGAUGACAGUAUUUUCCAAUUUUGUCGUGCAUAGAUAUUGUUAAAUCAGCAGUAUGUGAUAGGUACAUUGAUUGGUUAAAAGAUAAGCUAGGCAAAAAGACAACUUACAUGUAAAUGGAUGGCGGAAGAUAAUAGAUAAUGUAGUCUUCACUGUCUGAAAUGCGAUUCCUUUAUUUAUUUUACGAAGGAUAAGUUUUCUUUUGGCGUAUGAUCUUCAUGGCAAUAUUUGUAAAUUUGAAUGAUAAGCAAAUGCAUUUAUUGGUAAUUCAUGAUAUAUUCAUAAAUUAUUGUUUACUUACAACUAGUUCAUGAUUAUAUUUAUACUAUGCAUGCUGUUAAUAGUUAUUAUCACAUUCUGUGUAUGAUUAAAUGGAAAGAAUGUG